CCUUCAGGGCCUGGUUUUUGAAUCUCAAUCUCUUUUCCUUCUACUGACCUCAUUUUACUAUUUUGCCCUUCACCAUGUUCCAUUAAAACCGCUUGGGUUCAGUUUCACCGAACUCUUUCUUCGUUCCUUUUGAUCCAUCUGUACCAAAACAAUCAGAUUAGUUUUCUUUUCUUCUCGUUCGGUUGUGUAAAGAUGUUCGCGACGGGUUUGUCAUUCACGCGCCAUUGCGGUGACGAUCGGUUUUACAAUUCGGUGAAAGCGCGUAGAGCACAGCAGAAUUCGACGAACGAGCAACUCCGUAGAGCUAAGAGCGACGUGACACCGAGUCAGUCUUCGGUAAAGCAAUCGCAGGAGGUGGUGGUGGUUAGAGAGCCGGAGAACCGUACCGGUUUAAACGAUGUAAGCAAAAUAGUUGCGGAACCGGCAUUUGAACCGGUUUUGAGUAACUUGGAACGGUUUUUGGAGGCGAUCACGCCGUCUGUGCCGGCGCAGUAUCCGUCUAAGACUACGAUGUCGAUGAGGGGGAGGACGACGCGUGACAUGGAGUAUCGGCCAUACUUUGUGCUUGGUGAUUUGUGGGAGUCGUUUUGGGAGUGGAGUGUUUAUGGAGCAGGGGUUCCACUGGUUUUAAACAACAGUGAUUGUGUCGUUCAGUAUUAUGUGCCGUAUUUGUCUGGUAUUCAAAUAUACGUUGAUUCUACGAGUUCAUCAGUGGUGAAGUCUAGGCGAUUAGGUGAGGAUAGUGACUCUGAUUUUAGGGACUCAAGUAGUGAUGGUAGCAGUGACUGUGAACUUGAAAGAGGACCAAAAUACUCAAGGGAGCAAUGGAGCCAUCAUUGUAUAGAAACUGAGAUUAGGAUGGAUCCAUUGUCUUUGAGAGAUCAGCAUAAUGUUCAGGAAGACUUGUCUAGUGAUGAGGGUGAAGCUACAAACUCUCAAGGUCGUUUGAUAUUUGAAUAUUUUGAACGGGAUGCUCCUUAUAGCCGGGAACCUUUAGCUAACAAGAUAUCAGUUCUUGCCUCCCAUUUCCCUAAGCUGAAAACACUGAGAAGUUGUGAUUUGCUGAAUUCCAGUUGGAUUUCUGUAGCCUGGUAUCCAAUCUACAGAAUUCCAACAGGACCAACAUUAAAAGAUCUGGAUGCAUGUUUUUUGACGUAUCAUUCUCUUCACACACCAGUGGGAGUUCCAGAAAGUGCAAAAGCUCCAGCUAAUACAUAUCCCAAUGAGAUUGGUGGUGUUCCUAUGAUGUCUUUACGUGUUUUUGGUCUUGCAUCAUACAAGUUCAAGGGAUCUGUAUGGACCCCUAAUGGGGGAUGUGAGCGCCAAAUGGCAAAUUCCCUUCAGCAGGAUGCUGAUAAUUGGUUAAGAGGGCUUCAAGUUGAUCACCCAGAUUUUGUAUUUUUCUGCAGCAGGUGAUACUGGGAUAUCACUGCAAUUAUAAUGCUGCAACAACUGUAUCCUCUUGUGAAGAGGUUCCUGUGAGUUGAAAUCACCUUAAAUUGUUGUAGUUUUAGGAUCACAUUUGAGUUUGGGGUGAUAUAUCCUAUCAGUCAUUAAUUACUUGAAUGAAAAAAAGAGGAAAAAAAAAAAGAGAGAGAGAGAGAUUAACAAAGAAUGCAUAAAACAGUAUGAACACUUUGGAAUGGAAGGAGAUCAACUGCUAGAAGUCUCAAGUUAAUAGUUUAGAGAAGGUUCUGAAGUUCUGAGCUAAUAAACGAGACAAAGCUGCAGUUCGGCUUGCUAUGUCAGCACAAACAAGUUUCUUUAUUUAUUUUCUUUUUUAUACCUAUAUCUAUAUCCAUCUCCAUAUCCAUAUCAAUGAAUGCUAUGUUCUUAAGAGAACAGGCUCUUUUUUUGGCCCUGACAAUUAGGAUGUAAUACUUUAUUUAACAUCGUUUUAAGGGGAUUUUGAUAUUUUGAUAGGGAGGUUGCGUUAAGCGUGAAGUUUGAGCAACCCCAGAUUUGUACUAGCUACUAACUGGUAAAAGUCUUAUGUUUUGUCAACCCCAUCUGAAGAACAGUGUGUUCAAAGAAAUACUUUUAUUUAUAUUAAUUGAUGAUUUAGGUUAGCUA